AUGUCUCUCGAGACCGGCGAGCCACCGAAACUCUACGGCGUCAACUUCCAGCUGCCGGCACCGUUCGACUUCGCGAACCCGCCAACGUGGGCGACAUGGCUCAGCCGCUACGAAGACUACGCAGCAGUUUCCGGACUGAUGCGAGCGUCGGAAGACAUGCAGACGCCCAGUCGCUCGCUUCAUACCAAUCCGUUGCCACCCGCUUCACUGAUGCACUUCGUGCACCCGGCAAACGAGCUUUACGAAUCGUCACGGUUCCACAGACGCGUUCAGCUGCCCGACGAAAGCGUCGACACGUACUACGCAGAACUGCGCAGGAUGGUCAAGCGCUGUAACUAUCCGUCUGCUGCUGUCGUGGAGAGGCUCGUACGCGACCGGUUCGUCGUCGGCCUUCGCGACUCCCGUCUCUCGGACCAGCUGUGCCGGAACGCGAAGUUCACACUACAGGACGCCUGGACACAAGCCCGUCAAUCCGAAGACGCCGACAGGGAAAAGGCGUUGCCCCAGAACCGCACCGAGCACUCGCGCGAGCUCAGCCUCGACGCCGCAAAAGCUAGCAAGUUCCCCUCUCGCCACCGCUCUAAGCCUCGUUCGCCGCAGUCGCUAGCAGAGCGCUCACGCGAGCCGUCCACAUGUGAAUUCUGCGGCCGCGCGCCUCAUCGACGUUCAGACUGCCCGGCCCGUCGCUCCACCUGCAACUUCUGCAAAAAGAAAGGCCACUUUGCCGAAGUAUGCCGCUCGUGGAAGUUCAAGCAGUACAAGCUCAGCUCCGUUCACCUGCACGCCGUCGCGACACCCGCCUCGGCAAAGUUCGUCGACGUCACCGUUGGCGACUACACAGCGCAGUUCAAAGUCGACUCCGGAGCCGAUGUAUCUGCUGUUCCCAGCGAUUUUCCUACCUUGCAUGCCAAACUCGGCCAAGUCGACACUCUACUAACUGGCCCGGGAGGACAGCCACUGCACUUGCUGGGCUCGUAUGUGGCACGACUUCAGUGGCAAGGGAAAACAAGCUGUCAGCGCCUCUACGUGAUCCAGUCUCUCACUGUGCCUCUUCUGGGACUGCCAGCGCUCCAAGCCCUCCAUGUAGUUCGGUUUCUUGAUCAACUCAAGACUUCAAAAGCGACGCUGCACGCCGAACUCUUCAAUGGAUUGGGCACCCUCAAGGACGAAAACAACAUCCGGUUGAAACCCCAUGCCUUACCUUUCUCGCUAAGCGUACCUCGCAGGAUCCCCAUUCCGCUGCUCGGGAUUGUUCGCCGCGAGCUGGACAAAUUGGAAAGCGCAGGUGUGUCCCGAAGCGUCGACAAGCCAACACCAUGGUGCUCGGGUCUCGUCGUCGUCCGGAAAGGCGAUGGUUCCUACCGCCUCUGCGUCGACUUAACACAACUCAACAAGGUCGUCCUUCGUGAAAGACAUAUUCUGCCAACUGUCGAGCAAGUCCUUGGCCUCCUCGGAGACGCAACAGUUUUUUCGAAGCUGGACGCGACCGCAAGCUUCCACCAGGUGAAGCUCUCUGAAGACUCCCAAGAGCUUACGACAUUCAUCACCCCAUAUGGCCGAUACUGCUUCUGCCGACUCCCCUUUGGCAUCACCUCCACACCAGAGUACUUCCAAAAGCAGAUGGAACAUGACGCCAGACUGAGCCAGGUGCUAUCUCGCCUUGCAAAAGCAGGUAUCACGUUGAACCAGGACAAGUGUCGUUUUGGGGUACCCGAGGUGUCCUUCCUCGGAGUUGUCGUCUCAGCACAGGGCAUCAGGCCAGAUCCGGGCAAGGUCGAAGCAGUCAAAGCCAUGGAAGCCCCAACGGACGUCUCUGGUGUUAGAAGGCUGCUCGGAAUGGUGAACCAUCUUGCCAGGUUCUUGCCACACAUCUCGGACGUCACAGCUCCCAUCAGAGCCUUACUGAACAAGUCUGCGAGUUGGGUGUGGCAGCACGAGCAAAAGGCAGCAUUCGAGAAAAUCAAGGAACUCUUGACGUCAGACAGGCGCAUGGCCAAGUACCACCCGUCGUACGCCACUACGGUGUCUGCAGACGCAAGCUCAUUCGGACUCGGCGCAGUUUUGCUACAGACGCAACCCUCAGGAGAGCGCCGCCCAGUCGCAUUCGCUUCGAGGUCAAUGACCGAUACCGAGCAGCGUUACAGCCAGACUGAAAAAGAAGCUUUGGCAAUGACGUGGGCUAUCCAAAGGUUCGACGAGUUCGUCCGUGGCAUCCCCUUCGACCUCGAGACUGACCACCAGCCACUCAUUUCCCUCCUGGGCAAGAUGGAACUGGACGUGUUGCCGCCUCGUAUUCAGAGACUACGGCUGAAGACCAUGCGAUACCAGUUCUGUAUGCUGCACGUGCCAGGAAAGCUGCUAGCCACAGCUGAUACGUUGUCGCGCAUCGCCUACAAGCCACCCACUCCUCUAGACACUAUCGAACUUUUUGCAGCACAGGUAGUCGGCUGCACGUCGGAAGUGUUGCCACUCAGCCCCAAUGACGUGCGACAGGCACAAGAGUCCGAUGGCGAGUACAAAGCCCUCGCUUCCUACUGCCAGAAUGGUUGGCCUAAGAAGGCCACGAUACCACUGCACCUCACAAAGUACGCCUCGGUGGCAUACGAGCUCUUUGUCUGCGACAGUGUUGUGUUGAAAGGCGCCCGGUUAGUCAUCCCAUCGUCCCUUCGACCAGCGGUAUUGACGCUGUUGCAUGAAGGUCAUCAGGGCAUCAACAGGACCAAAGCCCUAGCUCGGGAGUCAGUUUGGUGGCGCGGUAUCUCGACAGACAUCUCCUCUCUCGUUGCCAACUGUGAACAGUGCGCUUCCACCCGCGUGAACUUUGCCGAGCCCCUGCUCUCCACAGCCCUACCUGGACAUCCCUGA